GCUCACAACCGACUGAUACAAACAGAAGAAGUCAAUGCGGAAGUAAAACUAGUAGAUGGUUUGUUUUGUUUGUGGACAGCGGCAACCAUUACGUUCUUCUGGACAAAACCAUACCACAGACAAAAUAGGUUCGUUAUCAGUGUAUUUGCCAUACUAGUUGAGUACUCACCUCUCAGUCGACUGAACAUGUCUACAUUACAAAUAUUGCGCGUGUUCUUAAAUGAGCGUUUAACGGCGGCUGCUGUGGAGAUUUUCGGGGCAGUUGAGAAAACUGUAGUCGAGUACCAGGAAGAGAAUGAUCGGCUACGGAGACUGCUUCGGAUUGCACCGGACAUAAAACUAUGUAGAGAAGAGUCCCUUCAGUUAUCAGUUGCUGUCACUGAAGACGAGGUUCCCCCUAAGCAGCAGCACUCUGAGCAGGAGUGGAGAACCAGUCUGCAGCAGAUGGACCUAGAACCCACACAGAUUAAAGAGGAACAGGAGGAACUCUGGACCUGUCAAGAGGAAGAGCAGCUUCAAGAGCAGGAGGAUGAUAUCAUAGUUUUCAAAUUCCCUCCAAUUUGUGUGAAAAGUAAAUGUGAUCAGGAGAACACAAUUCAGUCCUUUUCUCUUCCCCAACCCCAGACAGUGGAGAACAGAGACAGUAACUCUAAACCAGUUGAACUUCCACAUUUUGUCACUGUUACCCAUCUAGAGGGUCUCGACAUUCCCUGUGACCCUCCAGAUAAUCAAAACAAUGCCUACAGCCACAGCUCAAUUGUAAGCAGCGACCCAGUAGGACUUGACAGCAGCCCACCAUUGAAUUCCAACCCAUCAAUGAGGGAACACUGUUGGAAACCCAGCACCACGUCUAGAAAAACUCACCGCUGCUGUGACUGUGGUGAAAUAUUUGCUCUGACAGCUGACCUGCAGGAGCAUGUGACUCUCGCCAAGAAGAGACCCAGCGAAUGCCGCCUGUGCAAAAUACACUACAACUCCACCUGUAAAUUGAAGGCCCAUAUCAGACUCUGUCACAUGGAGAAACCCUGCACCUGCCCCUUUUGUGGAAAGACCUUCAAACUCAAAGGACAUCUGUCCAGACAUAUGAGGAUUCACACAGGAGAGAAACCAUUUGGCUGUGGUGACUGUGGGAAGAGCUUCAUUCAGAAGGGGGACCUAAGGAGGCAUGCACUGACUCACACUGGAGAGAAACCAUUUAGCUGUGGUGAAUGUGGGAAAAGCUUCAAUCGGAAAGGGAACUUGAACUUGCACAUACUGACUCACACAGGAGCGAACGUCCACAAAGAAUGUAAACAGAAUGAAAACACAGAGGAAGCGAAUUAGGACAAAGACAUCUUGUUAGGAGAUGGACAACUCUUUGGAAAAGCAAAGCAACUCUGGAUCAUUCAUUCUCUGGGUUUUAGAUAAAUAGAUGAUGAAUUUACUUUUGUAAAAAAUUCUAUGAACAAUAAAGUUCGAUUUUAUAUAACAGUACAGAGUACAGUAGUUAAACAUACAGGUCUUCUGUUCAGUCUCUUGAUGUUUUCAUGUCAUUAUAAACCGGAAUUCCUGGUUUAAUUUCUUUCAUUACAUUCCCAGUGGGUCAGAAGUUUACAUGCACUCAAUUAAAAUUUGGUAGCAUUGGCUUUAAAUUGUUUAACUUGGGUCAAAUGUUUUGGGUAGCCUUCCACAAGCUUCCCACAAUAAGUUGGGUGAAUUUUGGUCCAUUCCUCCUGACAGAGCUGGUGUAACUGAGUCAGGUUUGUAGGCCUCCUUGCUCGCACACGCUUUUUCAGUUCUGCCCAUGAAAUUUCUAUGGGAUUGAGGUCAAGGCUUUGUGAUGGUCACUCCAAUACCUUGACUUUGUUGUCCUUAAGCCAUUUUGCCACAACUUUGGAAGUAUGCUUGGGGUCACUGUCCAUUAGGAAGACCAAUUUGGACCAAGCUUUAACUUCCUGACUGAUGUCAAAUUUAGAAUACAUUGUAAAAUAAAUUUAGAACCAGGAACAGAUAUAGCCCUUGGUUCUCUCCAGACCUGACUGCCCUUAACCAACACAAAAACAUCCUUUGGCGUUCUGCAUUAGCAUCGAACAGCCCCCGUGAUAUGCAACUUUUCAGGGAAGAUAGAAACAAAUAUACACAGGCAGUUAGAAAAGCCAAGGCUAGCUUUUUCAAGCAGAAAUUUGCUUCCUGCAACACGAACUCAAAAAAAGUUCUGGAACACUGUAAAGUCCAUGGAGAAUAAGAACACCUCCUCCCAGCUGCCCACUCCACUGAGCAAACAACGUCACCACCGAUAAAUCCACUAUAAUUGAGAAUUUCAAUAAGCAUUUUUCUAUGGCUGGCCAUGCUUUCCACCUGGCUACCCCUACCCUGGUCAACAGCACUGCACCCCCCACAGCAACUCGGCCAAGCCUUCCCCAUUUCUCCUUCUCCCAAAUUCAGUCAGCUGAUGUUCUGAAAGAGCUGCAAAAUCUGGACCCCUACAAAUCAGCUGGGCUAGACAAUCUGGACCCUUUCUUUCUAAAAUUAUCUGCUGAAAUUGUUGCAACCCCUAUUACUAGCCUGUUCAACCUCUCUUUCGUGUUGUCUGAGAUUCCCAAAGAUUGGAAAGCAGCUGCGGUCAUCCCCCUCUUCAAAGGGGGACACUCUUGACCCAAACUGCUACAGACCUAUAUCUAUCCUACCCUGCCUUCCUAAGGUCUUCGAAAGCGAAGUCAACAGAUUAACGACCAUUUCGAAUCCCACCAUACCUUCUCCGCUAUGCAAUCUGGUUUCAGAGCUGGUCAUGGGUGCACCUCAGCCACACUCAAGGUCCUAAACGAUAUCUUAAACGCCAUCGAUAAGAAACAAUACUGUGCAGCCUUAUUCAUUGACCUGGCCAAGGCUUUCGACUCUGUCAAUCACCACAUCCUCAUCGGCAGACUCGAUAGCCUUGGUUUCUCAAAUGAUUGCCUCGACCUGGUUCACCAACUACUUCUCUGAUAGAGUUCAGUGUGUCAAAUCGGAGGGCCUGUUGUCCGGGCCUCUGGCAGUCUCUAUGGGGGUGCCACAGGGUUCAAUUCUUGGACCGACUCUCUUCUCUUUGUAUACAUCAAUGAUGUCGCUCUUGCUGCUGGUGAGUCUCUGAUCCACCUCUAUGCAGACGACACCAUUCUGUAUACUUCUGGCCCUUCUUUGGACACUGUGUUAACAACCCUCCAGAUGAGCUUCAAUGCCAUAACUCUCCUUCCGUGGCCUCCAAUUGCUCUUAAAUACAAGUAGAACUAAAUUAAUGCUCUUCAACUGAUCGCUGCCUGCACCUUCCCGCCCGUCCAACAUCACUACUCUGGACGGCUCUGACUUAGAAUAUGUGGACAACUAUAAAUACCUAUGUGUCUGGUUAGACUGUAAACUCUCCUUCCAGACUCACAUCAAACAUCUCCAAUCCAAAGUUAAAUCUAGAAUUGGCUUCCUAUUUUGCAACAAAACAUCCUUCGCUCAUGCUGACAAACAUACCCUCGUAAAACUGACCAUCCUACCAUUCCUCGAUUUCGGCGACGUCAUUUACAAAAUAGCCUCCAAUACCCUACUCAAUAUAUUGGAUGCAGUCUAUCACAGUGCCAUCCGUUUUGUCACCAAAGCCCCAUAUACUACCCACCACUGCGACCUGUGUACACUCUCGCUGGCUGGCCCUCGCUUCAUACUCGUCGCCAAACCCACUGGCUCCAGGUCAUCUACAAGACCCUGCUAGGUAAAGUCCCCCCUUUUCUCAGCUCGCUGGUUACCAUAGCAGCACCCACCUGUAGCACUCGCUCCAGAAGGUAUAUCUCUCUGGUCACCCCCAAAACCAAUUCUUCAUUUGGCCGCCUCUCCUUCCAGUUCUCUGCUGCCAAUGACAGGAACGAACUACAAAAAUCUCUGAAACUGGAAACACUUAUCUCCCUCAUUAGCUUUAAGCACCAGUUGUCAGAGCAGCUCACAGAUUACUGCACCUGUACAUAGCCCAUCUAUAAUUUAGCCCAAACAACUACCUUUCCCCCUACUGUAUUUACUUAUUUUCCUCCUUUGCACCCCAUUAUUUCUAUCUCUACUUUGCACAUUCUUCCACUGCAAAUCUACCAUUCCAGUGUUUUACUUGCUAUAUUGUAUUUACUUUGCCACCAUGGCCUUUUUUUGCCUUUACCUUCUUUAUCUCACCUCAUUUGCUCACAUUGUAUUUAGACUUAUUUUUCUACUGUAUUAUUGACUGUAUGUUUGUUUUACUCCAUGUGUAACUCUGUUGUUGUAUGUGUCGAAACUGCUUUGCUUUAUCUUGGCCAGGUUGCAAUUGUAAAUGAGAACUUGUUCUCAACUUGCCUACCUGGUUAAAUAAAGGUGAAAUAAAUAAAUAAAUAAAAAUGUCUUGAGAUUUUGCUUCAA